UGCGCGCAGGAGCGAGCCGGCCGUGACGUGCGCCGCGCUACGCCCGACGUCACGGGUCCGUGUGUAGUGGCGGCCCGGCUGCCCUCAACGGCGGCGCCUGACGAAGGUGGUGCGGUCGCUGGGUGCGGCGUUCAGGGGUCGCGCGGCGUGCGGCGACAACCACGAUUAGGACGACGAUCGGGAGGCCGGGCACUUCCAGCCGCGGAGUCGCCGCUCCCGCCCCUUCUCCGGCCUCUGGCGGCGCCCGGCCCACGGCUUCCUCCUUUCCAGCCCAGCUUCGCGCGGGCCUCGGGGCCGCGGCGGCGAGAAGUACCUAAGGGCGCCGAGAGGCCCCGGCCGGCCGCGACGUUCCACGCGCCCGCCAUCCCGCCCGGCGCGGGCUCCAUGUGAAGGAGAGACUCGGCCCGCACCACACUCCUCGCGCGCCCCUCCGGCCCCCGGGGGCCCGCGGCCUCCCCCGACCGGGGGGGGGCGCGGUGACAGGCCGCGCGGGGGCGGAGGGGCGGGCUCGGAGGCAGCGGCGGCCCCUCCUCGGGCCUGCGGCUCCCUACGUCCCCGCGGAGCGGCCGGCAGUAAAGAAUGCUGAUGGAAGAACCAUUUUCCUAAUUUUCAAAUUGUUGAGCUGGUUGCCAUGAUGGAUGAUCAGCAAGCUUUGAACUCAAUCAUGCAAGAUUUGGCUGUUCUUCAUAAAGCCAGUAGACCGGCAUUAUCUUUACAGGAAACCAGAAAAACAAAAUCGUCAUCACCAAAAAAGCAGAAUGAUGUGCGAGUCAAAUUUGAACACAGAGGGGAGAAAAGAAUCCUUCAGUUCCCCAGACCAGUUAAACUGGAAGAUCUGAGAUCUAAGGCUAAAACUGCCUUUGGACAAUCUAUGGAUCUCCAUUAUACCAAUAAUGAGUUGGUAAUUCCAUUAACUACCCAAGAUGACUUGGACAAAGCUGUGGAGCUGCUGGAUCGUAGUAUUCAUAUGAAGAGCCUCAAGAUAUUACUUGUAAUAAACGGAAGUACACAGGCUGCUAAUUUAGAACCAUUGCCAUCACUAGAAGAUUUGGAUAACACAGUAUUUGGAGCAGAGAGGAAAAAACGGCUUUCUAUAAUAGGUCCCACUAGUAGAGAUAGAAGCUCCCCUCCCCCAGGAUACAUUCCAGAUGAAUUACACCAGGUUGCCCGGAAUGGGUCAUUCACCAGUAUCAACAGUGAAGGAGAAUUCAUUCCAGAGAGCAUGGACCAAAUGCUGGACCCAUUGUCUUUAAGCAGCCCUGAAAAUUCUGGCUCUGGAAGUUGUCCGUCACUUGAUAGUCCUCUGGAUGGAGAGAGCUAUCCAAAAUCACGAAUGCCUAGGGCACAGAGCUACCCAGAUAAUCAUCAGGAAUUUUCAGACUAUGACAACCCUAUCUUUGAGAAAUUUGGAAAAGGAGGCACAUACCCAAGAAGGUAUCAUGUUUCAUAUCACCAUCAAGACUAUAAUGAUGGUCGUAAAACUUUUCCAAGAGCUAGAAGGACCCAGGGGACCAGCUUCCGGUCUCCUGUGAGUUUCAGUCCUACUGAUCACUCUUUAAGCACUAGUAGUGGAAGCAGUAUCUUUACCCCAGAAUAUGAUGAUAGUCGAGUAAGAAGAAGGGGAAGUGACAUAGACAAUCCUACUUUGACUGUAAUGGACAUCAGCCCACCCAGCCGUUCACCUCGUGCUCCAACCAACUGGAGAUUGGGCAAACUUCUUGGCCAGGGAGCAUUUGGCAGGGUCUACCUCUGUUAUGAUGUCGAUACAGGAAGAGAAUUGGCUGUUAAGCAAGUUCAGUUUGACCCUGAUAGCCCUGAGACCAGCAAGGAAGUAAAUGCACUUGAGUGUGAAAUUCAGUUGUUGAAAAACUUGCUGCAUGAGCGAAUUGUUCAGUAUUAUGGCUGUUUGAGGGAUCCCCAGGAAAAAACCCUUUCCAUAUUUAUGGAAUAUAUGCCAGGGGGUUCAAUUAAGGACCAACUAAAAGCAUAUGGAGCUCUUACUGAGAAUGUGACUAGGAAAUACACCCGUCAGAUUCUGGAGGGCGUACACUAUUUGCACAGUAAUAUGAUUGUUCAUAGAGAUAUCAAAGGUGCAAAUAUUCUGCGAGAUUCAACAGGCAACGUCAAACUGGGAGAUUUUGGGGCCAGCAAACGCCUUCAAACCAUUUGUCUUUCGGGGACAGGGAUGAAGUCUGUCACAGGCACACCAUACUGGAUGAGCCCUGAAGUAAUUAGUGGAGAAGGCUAUGGCAGAAAAGCAGACAUCUGGAGUGUGGGCUGUACUGUGGUGGAAAUGCUAACUGAAAAGCCUCCUUGGGCAGAAUUUGAAGCUAUGGCUGCCAUCUUUAAAAUUGCCACUCAGCCAACAAACCCAAAGCUGCCACCUCAUGUCUCAGACUAUACUCGAGAUUUCCUCAAACGGAUCUUUAUAGAGGCCAAACUGAGACCUUCAGCUGAUGAACUAUUAAGGCACAUGUUUGUGCAUUAUCACUAGCAGCCGGUACCUCUACUGUGCCUCUACCCAGCUCCCAUCAAUUCAUUCACCUUCUCUCUGACUGCACUUUUCUUUUUUAUAAAAAAGAGAGAUGGGGAGAAAAAGACAAGAGGGAAAGUAUUUCUCUUGAUUCUUGGUUAAGUUUGUUUAAUAAUAGUAACCUAAAUUUUUUAUAUUUAAUCUUUUUUUUCCCUUUCAAGAACUUGAAACUCCUUUUAUUUUUUUUUUAAUUUUUUAUAAUGUACUGAUGUGGUUCAGAGAGAUAAAAGCACUUUAGUACAUAGUCACUCUUUUUAGUACAAACAAAUCAUUUAAAAUACCUAAAGAUUGUAGAGUCUUUCCCUGCGUCACUGACCGAUUGAUUCGUGGUGAUGGGGAGACAUGAAAAACAAGGAGAAGAAAAUGAUGUAUGAUUUGUAGUUUUUAGUGAUAGUAUUUAAAAUAGAUCCUCAUUUGUGGGGUUGAGCCCUAAACUUGAGUUUAGGGUAGGUACUCAAAGAAUAUAGGUUCCUUCUUAUAUCUGUAUUCUUUAGAUCCUAACCUCUGUCUACCAAGCUUUUUGCUCAGUAGGAAUCUCGAUAGAAAAUAUGAAUCUCUAAGAGGUAUGUUUAUUCCUUAAUUCUAACCAGUAUAAUAAGCAAAUACACUAUAAUAGAUCCAUGUUACUGGAAUCUGUAAACCUUGAGGGAUAGCUUUCUGCUUAAAAAAAAACAAAAAAACAAAAAAACACAAAAAAAAACGGUACUAUUUUAGUUUAAAGCAGAUAUGGGAAGUCAGUGAGCAAAUCCAAAUUAAACGGCAAAAAAAGAUUGUUCUAUAUCAGCAUGCGAGCAGAUGAAACCACAUUUGCCAGUCAAAAGAAAUAAGGAAAAGAAGAACUAAAUAUUGUUGAGUAUAUUUGCAACUGUGUUCUUUAUCAGAGGUAGACAGUCCCAAAAUUAAGGGAAAAAAGAAAUAAUCAAAAUCAUGUAUACUGUAUUUCCCUAUUUCUAGCUCCUGAUUCCCCAUGGAUAACAUUCUUUGGGAACUAAGAAUUUAACUUGGAGUAUCAUGUGUUACAGCUAGUGUCAUGAGAUAAAAUCCUUGUUCUUGGGAUCACAGAAUACUAAAGCACCAAAAAAUAGUUACCAUGUUAAAUAGUGGUUCUCACGUGUCAGAUGAGGUUACUUUUGCUUUGCAUUUGGCAGUGCCCAGAGAUGAUUUUUCCUGUCACAACUAGAAGGAUGUUAGUGGCACCUGGUGUCCCAAAGCCAGGGACGCUGCCAAACAAACUACACUGUACAAUACAAGUACAUUAACCCUGUUCCCCAAGUAAAGAACUAUCCUGCCCAAAAUGUUAAAAGUGCUGAAGUUGAGAACCCUGAUGCAAAGACCAGCCCCAGUUAUAAACUGAAAACAGCCAUUUGCAGAGCAGGGUCCUUGCAAAAAGUAAAUUUCAGAGAGAAAGUGAUGCACAGUGCAUAAUGAGGGUUUUACAAGAGCAGAUACCACUACUUUAAGUCAAGGGUGAGCGAUCUCAACAAACAUCAGAUAGCAAUCCUUUCCUUACCAGCUGCAUAUUACACCAAAACCAGUACCUUCCAUUGUAGAAACAAAAUGAAUUUAAACACAGAACCUGUUAAACCCAGCCAUCUGUAUGUAUUCUUUCCUCAAAAGUCAGUUCAUAAUUGUGAGAAAAGCAAAGCAUAUCAGAAAAGAGUAUUAACUAUUUUAUGGGAAGGUUUAAGGUAUUUCUAGUACAGCGUAUUCCCUAAGAGCAAGGGCAUCCAGUGGAAAGAGGCAGCUGAGAAACUCCCAUUAGCUCUAAUGGACUUAUGCUACUGAAAAAUAUCAAUAACAUCAGUAUUUUGGCUACUUGCGAUUUUUUCAGCAUAUUAAAGCAAGUGCUAAGUGCUUUAUUUUUAAAGGUUAGAAAAUAGUCUUUUUGGAGGCCCUAAAUGUGUUGCCUUUUAUAGGGUUCAUAAGGAGCUCUGGUAUUUUAUUUUCUGCUUAAAGGUAUGCUCUUCUAGGGACUCUUUUAAAUUACUUUGUUUCUGAAGAUAGGUAGAUCUUGGUUUCCUAUAUCAAGGUCCUAUCUGGCAUUUUCUGUAGGAAUAUUUGAAAUACCACUAGCUAGGCUGAGAAAAAAGUCAAAGCACAAAUAUGCUUGUCAAAGUUUCUUCCAUACGCUCAUAAUCAAAGGAAGCAGCUUACAAAGAAGAAUAUGAAUUAGUGGCCCUUCCCCUGGAAAAUCAACUGCCAAAUCUUGUGCUAUAAACAUAGUAACCAAGGAUGUGGAUCUAUUAUAAUUUCUUUAUCUUUUAUGAGUGAAGGCAUCUCUUCUGCUUGAGCAAGAUGGUAUCUGGACUAGUGGGCUUUUCCUUCAUUCCUUUGUCUUGUGUAGUCUUGAUUUCCUUUGGGUUCAUUUUUGGUCUGUCAGGGUAACCAGCAGUGUAGAAUAUGAGACAGAUGCUCUUUAGAGAGAAAUCUUGGGGGACUGUGAAACCCAAAGCAAAAUCAUUUGCUUUCUUCAGUCUCUUUUUUCUUCUCUAAGUGCCAUAGAAAAUAAAUUCACCUGAAAAGAAAUUACUGCUUUAACACUGCUGCAGAAGACCUUUGUUUUAUAAGGAAAAUGUGGGAAAGUAUCGUUCUUUAUGUAAAGACUUUAAAAUAGACUAAUAGUUUACAGAAUUGCUAUAUAAAAUGUGAUGUGAAUUUAUUUCAAACAAGUUGUAAAGGUACCAAAACCACAAUAAAAGUUAAUAUAUUAUACAAAAACUACUAGAACAAAAAAGCUUGAAGUGGGAUGAGGUGUGAAAGACCAAAAGUAAAUUAAAAAAAAAAAAAUUGAAAAGAACCUCGCCCCCCCCCCCCCCCCCCAUUAGGGGCAGUUAAAUAUAACACUCCAAUUUUUUCUUUCUAAUAAUGGUAUGGAUCAACAAAUGAAAUUUGAACUUUUAAAGAUGACUCAAUGUAUUUUGUUUUUUAAAUGCACAACUGAUUCUUCUAUACUGUAAUAUUUCUUUGCUGAGGCUGGAAAAUGGCCAGACUGCUGACUUUGUGCCUUUAAAAUGUGUUCUGCUUUGAUAGUGGCAGACUUUUUGGUGCUGGAGAAGAUUCACUAGCAGUCUUAUAUGUGCUUUUCAGGAAAUAUCUUUCUACGUAGGCCUUGAGAGAUUCAAAAUGGCAUGACUUAGGCUUGGACCAAAUACAAGAUCUUUUACAUUGCAAACAAACUGUACUGAAUAAAAGGGUUAAAAAACAUCACAAUGACUAAUGGAAAUUUUGAUGGUAAUUCUUUAAAAUGUAUUUAAAAGUAUACAGACUUUGAAAUUUUCAGUAUGAAUAUCUUGAAAAUUUUUCAAUUUUUCUCAUUUAUAAAACAUGUUUCUAACUUGAAAAUGCCUUAGAAAGUUCUCAAAGGCAGUCAACCUUACAUAAUUUCUAUGAGAUUGGAAUGUUAAUGCAUAGACAGAAAUAUAAAAGAAAAUGAAAACUUGAAUUGGCUUUCAUAUGAGGGAGGCUUUAUUUUAUUACCAAUAGAAAGUACAUGAAGAAGGUGGAAUUAUUUCGUUAAUAGCUCUCUGCUGCUUUAGCUUUUAUAUAUGUCAGGUGUGGUCUGUAGUACUUCUGAGAUGGAAUUGUUAUAAGAUAUGUGAAGACACUAAGAAAAUCAAAUCUGAAUAGUUUAUAGGGAUGACCAAGCUUGGGUGCAAAAGCCAAGAUGUUCGUCAGAUGCAGAUUGACCCACAGAAGAGCUCUGUGCCAAUGGUUUCAUUUGGGGUCUAGAGACCAGUAGCUGGAUACACAGUCACCUGGUGUCAAUCAAAUAUAGGAAUCUAUCAAUUUCUUUUAAAGAGGGUGAGUCUUUUUCACUUGCUUAUUCAAUAAUUGUGGUUUAUUAUGUCAAGUACUAGAUUAACUUAUCCCUUAAGUAGGUCACAGUCUAGGAGGAAACAUGGGCAAAUGGAUUCUUAUUUUAUGGCAUACCCUAACUCUGAAAGUUUAGCACUGAUUUUUUUAAAUUCUUUUUUCUUUAAAUGUUUACUUAUUUAUUUUGAGAGAGAGGGAGUGGGAGAGGGGCAGAGAGAGGAGAGAGCAAGCUUCCCAAGCGGGCUCCGCACUGUCAGUGCGU